AUGUUCGGUUUUCUCGAAGUAAGUGCAUAGUUUGUUGACACGGUUCUCAGGAAUAAAUUGCUCCUCUUUUUUUCAAGUGAAGACACAUUUAAUAUUUUGUAAAUAUCAAUGGAAUAUACAUUCUCAAUUAAGAAAAAGAUCCGAACAGUCAAAGUACAGUGGCACAUGGGUUGCGUUUCUUCGAAAGUGCCAGAUAUAAUCGGAGAAGGAUAUCGGCUGAAAGUGAAGAAGACGGUGGCCGUGGGCGGAUCGGCCAAGGUAUCGGAGAGGACGGAGAAGAAAAAGAAGAGAAGAGUUUCAGAUAAUGGAAGUGGAUCCGGGCGGAGGGAAAGCGACGAUGAUAGUCAAGAAGAUAGUAGCGUUCAACAGAAGAGAGAAAGAGCGGGUGAAGCUCGAAGCCGAGCUGUACAGGAAACUUGAAGACAAUCAGUUCGUCAUUGAUCUUGUCGCGCACAUCACGGAAGACGUCAAUCACUACUUUCUGUUCGAACGCUUUCCGAUCAACUUUGCCGAUUACCUGGAAAGUUUACGAAAGGAAGAGACGGUCGACGAGCUGAAACACUUGAAGUACUUCUCAGGGCUUGUGUCUGCCAUCGAACAGCUUCACAGUUACGGGUAUUCUCACAUGGAUUUGAAACCGGCGAACAUUCUCAAGAACGACGACGUCAUCAAAUUGAUCGACUUCGGAUCAGCGACCAAGUAUAUUCAUUGAGAAUAGUAUUUCAGUGAAAGUAUGUAUAUUUCAGAAUGCUUCUUCAAAUCGAAUCAUCGGCGGAUCAUCAUAAAUACCGGGAAGAAGCCGAAGAGCGGUGCAGCAUGAUGUACCGGGCUCCCGAGCUGUUCUCCUGCGACAUCGGAUCCACACUGACGACUGCUGUUGAUGUCUGGGUAAGUUUGCUUCCGAAGCGAUCCAGACAAAGAGAGAAACACUUUAAGAGUCUCGGCGUCUGUUUGUACGACUUUAUGUAUCUCGAGAAUCCGUUCGACAAGGUCUACGAGCAAGGAGGCAGCAUUGCUUUGGCCACACAGAGUCCGCAAAUGAUCAAAUGGGAUGGAAAGUGAGUGAAGAGUUCGAAGAGAAGCCAGAUGAGUUGGGGUUCCUGCAGAAGUGUGAGCAAGAAAACUGUGGAUCUGAUCAAGUCCCUUAUGGUUGUGGAACCGGAAAACAGACCAAGUGCGGAGGAAUUACGGAAGAAAAUGGAGGAUUUGGUGAAAAACUGGGGAAAACCGGAGGAGCCAGGGGCCAACGAAACACCAAUUCGGGAGUUAACCGACGAGGAAUUCGACAGAGCAAUGCGGGAAACGACGUAA